AUGUCCGCAAUACUACCGCACAUUGCAGACCACACGGACGCGCGUUACCAGCCGGAAUCAUUCUACCUUCCGGAAGAUGACGGACAGCAAGAGCACGCAGCCACCAGGCUGAACUCGCUCACGACAGCACACACCGACACGCCAUCGGACGGGGCUAACAGUAUCGUUCGGCAACGACUCAGCUACCCAGACGAGGAAGAAGAUGAAGAUAACAUGCGUGGAUUCGACGAGCAGCUGGUCAAGAGGAAGAGCGUGCUGCUCAACGCCAUCGGAAGGUUCAAAGCCAAGCACGCAGACAAGAUGUCGCUGCCGGAGUACAUGAUGCAUGCCUACGUCAUACUGCACACAGUCAACGAAAACACCAUACUCACAUACGAGAUCAUCGCCGCGCAUACCAAGAUGGAACCCGAAUCGUUUACCAAAAUCAUGCGCACGCAAACGCUCUCGAGGCUCGAGCAGGAGGAGUUCGACCUUGACGCCCUUGGCAUAUUCAAGGCGGACUUCGAUAACGACGAGGAGCUGGCGCAGAUGGACCGACAAUUUACGUGGCUCUGUGAAUGCUGCUGCGCGGUAGUGGACGACGCGGACGAGGAUUCCAUGAUGGAGCAGAUCAAGAAGAAAAGGCUGGAGGCAAUAGAAGCAAACAAGCAGCAGCCGGAGCCCGAACCGCAACAGCAACAUCAACAGCAAGCGAGCCAAAAUGCAGAUAAGAAGCACUGCCCAUCAGCGAACUUCUCCCAACUCGUACCUAUCGCAGACCUACCCAACGACGUCAUGUACGAGGCGCUACGGCAGCACGGAAACAGGCUCGUGCAGCGCAGCCUCUGCACCUCAAACAAGCGGCAAUUCGGCGCUUCCACCUGGUCACACAACCAAAACGACGCUUCGGUCAUCAGCAGCUCCGCAGCGGGACUCAGGGACUUCGCAGACGACAUACAGAGGUACUCCGUAGACAACAAUACCAAUGACUACUACGGCGAAGAGCGACGACUCUCGGCCAGGCAGACCGCGCUACUCAGGAAGAGGUAUCUGUGA